ACUUGACAGCUGCAAUUCUUGGGCCUUUUUUGUGAAAAGAAAACAUUGCACAUCGCUAAAAAUAGUUUUUAUUAAUUAUGCUGCCUCUUCUCUGAGUAUUUUGCCAUUUGUGGAGUGAUUAUUAAUAGUUGAACAACAUCUUUGCGGUAUGAGAUGAGCUUGAAAACACGAUCUCUGGUUUUUGUGACUUUCCUGGGAAACUUUGUGGUUGUGGGACUCUUGGUGGCGGCUUUCACGACCGACAGGUGGGUGGAGGCAGAUGCAAAGCGGCACAAUAGCACCGAGUCCACGGGACGUGUAAAUUUGGGGCUCUUUAGUGGCACAAAAGAGCUGAAUGUGGGCUAUGGGGCACGUCGACACGAUAUCUCCGUGCCGCAAUUUAUUAAUGCCGAACCAGACCUCAUGAGCUACUGGCUGUGGCUGGGGACAGCUCUCGGGGGUGGUUUAGCACUCUUCAGCAGUACCGUGGGUGGUAUAGCGGCCGUCCUAAAGUCUGCAUCACGACGCAAACGUCGUGGCACAGUGGUGUUGCUAUUUGUUGCGAAUGUAGCCUCAGUACUGUCCCACCUGAUUGCCUUUGCGUGCUGGCUAGCACAAUUUCUCAUUCAUCUGCACAACAAUGUGCUAUCGCGUGAGGAUCAGAAUAAUCUGUGGUACACAGAUGGACUAGCACGGCUUGGUCUGAGUUUCCACAUUCUUAUCCUCGGAAUUGCCAUCAUUGUCGUCAAUAUCAUCUGCCUCAUCAUUGCCGUCUACCUAGAGCAUAGGGAGCAUCGGGUGACAACAGAACCACUCUGUGACGAAAAGACUCAAGGUGUCAUCAUGCUCUAUUAAGUCCCUUUGUGAAUAUGUGACUGAGGUAUGGACCCCAUCCUAACCCACAAAUAUUAAUUUUCAAGGAGACAAAGGUAAGAAACUCAGCACAAAACAUUUCUUUUUAAAAAAAAAAUUCUCGAAUAUUUCUCUUUGAAAUUCUCUACUAUAUUUUUAGAAAAAUAUAAAGUAAAAAAAAAUUAAGUAAUAUUUUUGUACUUUUGGUAUAGUUUAUAAUAUCAAAUACAUGAAGUAAGAAUAAAGACUUGAAGUAAAAGUAAAA